AACACUGGAUCUUUAUCCACCGCAUCCCAACUGCCUCCCAAAACGGUGAUUCCUCAUUUUCUUAUUUAUUUAUUGAUGGUAUUAUCUGAUGUUUAUUUUCUUAUAUAAGAUAACAGAAUAGGCCCAACAGGAAAACAAAAUACAAAACCUAUAUUGAAAGAAAAGAAUUUUGACUUUUGAGAGAUAAGAGAGAAAGAGUUGAGUUGAGAAUUGAGAUAGAGAGGUUAUCGACACCAUUUAUCUUUAAUGGUGGAUAAAGCCAUGAGUAACAUUCACCGCACGCGCUUCCCACUCUCCAUCACCAAGCUCCUCUUCUUCACGCUAAUGCUCCUCAGCCUCAUUCUUCUCUUCCUAUUCGGAUCUCCACCCUCCACCGCCGCCUGGGAGAGCUCCGUACGCCAAUCCGCCACCCCUGCCUCCUCCAAAGCACUCACCGUCCUCGUCACGGGAGCAGCCGGGUUCGUGGGGACGCACGUCUCGAUCGCCCUGAAGCGGCGCGGAGACGGCGUGGUGGGCAUCGACAACUUCAACAGUUACUACGAGGCUUCCCUGAAGCGCGCUCGCAGCGACCUCCUGGCGCGGCACGGCGUGUUGGUGGUGAACGGCGACAUCAACGACGCCUCUCUCCUGAAUUCCCUCUUGGAAGUGGUGAAAUUCAGUCACGUGAUGCACCUGGCGGCCCAGGCCGGGGUUCGCUACGCCAUGAUAAACCCUAAGUCGUACGUCCACAGCAACAUCGCGGGCCUCGUGAGCGUCCUGGAGGCCUGCAAGAACGCCAACCCCCAGCCCGCUAUUGUUUGGGCCUCGUCCAGCUCCGUUUACGGCCUCAAUUCGAAGGUUCCUUUCUCAGAAAAAGACCGCACUGACCGCCCCGCUAGUCUCUACGCCGCCACGAAGAAGGCUGGCGAGGAAAUCGCCCACUCUUAUAACCACAUUUACGGGCUUUCCAUUACUGGGCUCCGGUUCUUCACUGUUUAUGGGCCUUGGGGGCGGCCCGAUAUGGCCUACUUCUUGUUCACUAAGAAUAUUUUAAAAGGGAAGCAGGUUGCGGUGUUUGAGGGUCCGAAUGGAGGGUCCGUUGCGCGGGACUUUACUUACAUUGAUGAUAUUGUGAAGGGUUGCUUGGGGGCGUUGGACACUGCAAGUAAGAGCACUGGGAGUGGGGGAAAGAAGAAUGGGCCGGCCCAGUUAAGGGUUUACAAUCUGGGCAACACUUCGCCCGUGCCCGUCUCUAAGCUGGUUAGCACAUUGGAGAAGUUGCUGAAAGUGAAUGCGAAGAAGAAAGUGUUGGCAAUGCCCAGCAACGGGGAUGUUAUUUUGACGCAUGCUAAUAUUACCCUCGCCCGGAACGACCUUGGUUACAGGCCCACCACCGAUUUCGAAACCGGCUUGAGCAAAUUUGUGCAUUGGUAUACACAAUAUUAUUCUUCCUCUGCCUCUCGAGCCAACACCGUUUGAGGGUUUACAAUGUUUUCAAACAAACAACUCAAUUCACUUCACUGCUUUUGGAACUGUACCAUAAUCUUAAUUUCAACGUGUAUUCUAUGUAUGUUAUGUUGAUCAAUAAUUUAAGAGGGUUUUCAAUUAUAAGGAGCUAUUUAUUCACUUCA